AUUUGUUUGGCCGUCUAAAUGUGCUUGUGUGCAGCGUGUGGGCAAGUAAAAAACUUCCACUGCAGCGCCAAGCUAACGGAAAUUUGCAUCUGGAUAUUGAAGAGGCAACCAAAAAGCUUCAAACCAAAAUACUCAAAAAGAUUACGCAAAGCAAAGUGAAAAUAGAAAACGAAAGCGAAAACGAAAACUAACACAAUAUGGCGAGCGCGAUAGACGUGAAGCCACGCCACAUGGCGGAACCGUUGCACAUCCAGCGAUUGGAGGCGGUAUUAAAUAUGCGCCCCUUCAUGGAGAUGGCUCGCCACGCCCUCAAGCAGCCCCUGAGCAGCGGCAGUGGCAGCGGUGAAGGCAGCGCCACAGAAAUGGAGCCAGGUGAGGACACGGGAAUGGAUUCCGAUGACUCCUCCACUCGGGUGGGUGUCGUCAAGCUGAAACCCAAACAAAAACACAACAAGCGUCUGCUGGGCAGCAAAGAAGAACGACAAAGUGUCAAGGCGCAGAUGUAUAAUUUCAACUAUUUGACCAGCGAUCGGGAAUGGCUCUACGAUAUGUUGCUCAGCGACACGGAGAGCGAGACGCAGGUGAGCGAUGAGGAUGAAUAUGUUGGCCAAAUGCUACGCGAGCAUCUCCACGAGCAACGCCAGCGCAGAAACUACUACAAAAUGCCAACAAAUGCUCAAUAUGCCUACUUUGGCAGCGGAUUGUUGUCCAACCAUGAUGUCUAUGCCGAGCGACAACAGGCGACUGUCGGAGUACGCAAGCGACGACGUCGCACCAAGCAGGAGAUUCUCUUGGCGCGUCUGGCGGAGGCGCAGGCAGGACCAAAGCCUGUCAAGCAGCGUCGACGUGGACGAAAGAAGCGCACAUUGGGCUCGCCAGAGUCUGGGGAGGUGCAUCCGUCAGAUCUGGGCAAGUAUAGCUUUGGCGAUACGCUGCCUGUCAACGAUGACGAUGAGGAGGAUAACGGCGAGGUGGACUACAAACGGGAGCUGGCUAACUUAGCGCUCGACUAUCCCGAAGAGGAGGAAGAAAUAGAAGAGGAAGUGGAUGUCGUGGGUGCAACCGAUGGCCAAGUGACUCGUGUCUGUCGCCGUCGCAAGAAUCCCGAAGUCUUGGCCGCACGCCGUCGACGCAUUUGGCAGAUUAUGUCGAAAAAGGAAUCGGGAAGGCUGCAGCGCAUCAAAAGCAACAAUCACAAGGAAAUGCUGUCCAAUUGCAAGCGUGUGGCCGGCAUGUGUGCCAAGGUUGUGCGUCAACGAGCUCUGAACUCGCAGCGCAUCAUGAAGGAGACUGUGUGGCGGGCCAAGCGUCUCACCCGUGAAAUGCUCACAUAUUGGAAGCGCUAUGAGCGCGUGGAACGCGACCAGCGUCGCAAGCAGGAGCGUGAGGCGGAGGAGCAACGCAAACAGGAUGUGGAACUCAUUGAGGUGAAGCGACAGCAGCGUAAACUUAAUUUCCUCAUUACACAAACGGAGCUCUAUGCCCACUUUAUGUCCAAGAAACUGGGACAAGGCACAGAAGAGGAUCAGUUGCGUAUACUCAGCCAACUGGACGAGGAGCAUAAUGCACGUCUGGCAGCUCACGAUGAUUACGAUGUUGGUGAAAUGAAGCAGCUGGCGCAGGCCAAUGCGGAGGCUGCUCUUCGACGUGAUUUGGACAAAACUCGAGCCUUCGAUGUGCCCUUCAAGAAGGAACAGAUGCUGGAGCAGCUGAAGGAAAUGGACCAAUCACAGCCGGAGCGUGAAAAAAUGAAGGAUUUGCCACAGCCAAAGAUGUUUAAAGGCACACUUAAAGGCUAUCAGAUCAAGGGCAUGACUUGGCUGGCAAACAUCUACGAUCAGGGCAUCAGUGGAAUUCUCGCUGAUGAGAUGGGUCUGGGCAAGACGGUGCAAUCGAUUGCCUUUCUAUGUCACAUUGCCGAGCAUUAUGGAGUAUGGGGUCCAUUUCUGGUUAUCUCGCCCGCCUCGACGCUGCACAACUGGCAGCAGGAGAUGGCACGCUUUGUGCCCGACUUCAAUGUGGUUCCCUACUGGGGCUCCCCCAAUGAACGCAAAAUUCUGCGACAAUUCUGGGAUCAAAAGCAUCUGCAUACACGCGAGGCGAGUUUCCAUGUGGUGAUUACCUCGUAUCAACUGGUGGUCAGCGAUUACAAGUACUUUAAUCGCAUCAAGUGGCAAUAUAUGGUGCUGGACGAGGCACAGGCCAUCAAGAGUGCCGCCUCGCAGCGCUGGAAGCUUCUCCUCGCCUUCAACUGCCGCAAUCGUUUGCUGCUUAGUGGCACUCCCAUUCAGAACAGCAUGGCAGAGCUUUGGGCCCUAUUGCAUUUCAUUAUGCCCACGUUGUUUGAUUCGCAUGACGAGUUCAAUGAAUGGUUCUCCAAGGACAUUGAAUCGCAUGCAGAGAAUAAAACGGGCAUCGAUGAGCGACAAAUUUCACGUCUUCACAUGAUCUUGAAACCCUUCAUGCUGCGUCGCAUCAAGAAGGAUGUGGAGAACGAGCUAUCCGACAAGAUUGAGAUCAUGGUCUAUUGCCCGUUAACCAUAAGGCAAAAGCUACUCUAUCGGGCACUCAAGCAAAAGAUUCGCAUUGAGGAUUUGCUGCAUUUGGCCAGUGGCGGCUCGACAGCAUCUGCGGCUUCGGAUGGCGCCAUUCUGGAUCGCAACUUCACCUCGAAUCUCAUGAAUCUGGUCAUGCAAUUCCGCAAGGUCUGCAAUCACCCAGAGCUCUUCGAGCGUCGGGAUGCCAAAAGUCCUUUCAGCAUGCGCUGUGCCGAGUUCGUUCUACCUCGUUUGGUCUUCCACGAUGGGUUGCUCCACACUGCACUGCCGAGUCGGAGACAUUUGCUCUACAAUCGCUUUAAUAUCUUCAUGUCGGCGCAGAUGCAGCAAUCUCUCUUUGAGGAUGUCAACGUAAACAGCUGCUUUAGUUUUACACGCUUUUGUGAUUUAUCACCGUCGGAUAUGGAGAAUAUCACCUGGCAUGGUCUAAUCGACUUCCUUUUACACUAUCGUCGCGUGCUUGCCAAGCAUCCUUUGCUCUCCUAUCGUCGUCAAUGGUGGCCACAUCAACGUGCCACUCGCUACCAACUGUUAGAGCCAACUCUUGAACGUAAACUGGUGCCAGAUUACUUGUUAACAAACAGUGUGCUAAGGAAGUUCAUAUUUACUGCAAUGACAUCCAGUGAGAGCAGCGUUUAUGCUUUUGGCGAUUAUCUGAUGGUCAAUAUGCAGGAAACCAUUGAGCAUCGUGUGACACGUUCUAAAAUACUUAAACAAAAGGCGACACUCGUUGAGGAGCUCGCUGGUGUCAAUGGACAACCGCAGGUUAAAUCUGAAUCAGGCGUUAAACAGGAACUGGAGAUUGAAUCAGUUGAGGUGCAAACCAAAUCGAACACCAAGAGCGAUGUCAAACUGACAACACUGCAUUUAUUGCCCGAGUUCCCACAUCGUCCCCGCAAGCCGCAACUUUAUCAAUGUGAGCCCCUGCAAAUGCCACGUUUCCUUUACGGAUUGGGACAGCGUGUGCAGGCCGUCGAUCGGCAUUUAUACUGUGAAAGUCGCGCUGCUGCCUGGAACCAAAUACGACAUCUGCAAUGUGAGAAUGUCGUGGGCAAAGAGCUUGUAACCACAGGCUUGGCACUGUGCAAGCCGCGCAAUGGUUGGUCGUCCAUUGUAGUGCCCGAUAAGGAGACGCUUAUCACGGAUGCGGGCAAACUGUUUGUACUCGACAGUCUCCUCACUCGUCUCAAGGCCGAGGGUCAUCGUGUUCUCAUCUACUCCCAAAUGACCAAAAUGAUUGAUCUGCUCGAGGAAUACAUGUGGCAUCGCAAGCAUCGAUAUAUGCGUCUCGAUGGCUCCAGCAAGAUUUCAGCUCGUCGUGAUAUGGUCGCCGAUUUUCAAACCCGCGCCGAUAUUUUUGUUUUUUUGCUUUCUACACGUGCCGGCGGGUUGGGCAUUAACUUGACUGCAGCUGAUACGGUUAUCUUUUAUGAUUCGGAUUGGAAUCCCACUGUUGAUCAACAGGCCAUGGAUCGAGCCCAUCGUCUGGGCCAAACCAAACAGGUGACCGUCUACCGUCUCAUCUGCAAGGGAACCAUUGAGGAGAGAAUUCUGCAGAGGGCACGAGAAAAAAGCGAGAUCCAACGCAUGGUCAUAAGUGGCGGCAAUUUUAAGCCUGAUACUCUUAAACCCAAAGAAGUCGUCUCUUUGCUUUUGGAUGAUGAGGAAAUUGAACUGAAGUUUCGCCAGGAAGCCAAGUUACAGGUCAAACAGGAGGCAACCUUCUCCAGUGCACUGCUUGCAACAGCAGCAGCAACAACAUCAACAUCAGGGGCAGCGGCAGCUGCAACACAGAAUGAACGCAAACGACGCAGACCAAACAAGGAAGUUAAUAUGGGCGGUAUUACUAUAGCGGCAAAUGAGGAGGAUAUCGCCAGUUGCAGUUCUGCCAGCAAACGUCUUAAGCAGGAGCUGGAUGAGGAUUCGAUCGAUGUGGGAAUUGCUUCAUCCACAUCCAGUGGUGGCACCGAUAGCACCAACCAAAUACUCAGCCAAGAGACUUAUGUGCCAGGUGCAACAUGUGUGCAACAGUCACAGAAACUACAACAGUCACAACCCGACAUUGACUCCGAAAAUGAGGCUUUAAUCGUUGACGGCGAUAGUCCGACAGGAUUGUCACAAAAUGAAUCAAUGAACUUCCUGGGUGACUUUGGAGGUGUAUCGUCGGUGCGGCGACGUCACCACCCGCGCGGCACAAAACGAGGACGACCACGUGGCAGCACAAGACGCGGCGGUGGCCAUGGAUCGUUGCAGCGCGUGUCGACGCCGACAUCGCCAGCGGUUGGAGCGGCAAUAACGGCAACUGGAGCGACCGCAUCACCAUUGCCACAGCAGGAAGCAGGCAAUAUUGAGGCUGCAAGUGGCCCGUCCGUGCCACAACACGAUGAAGACUCUUCUACCGCUUACCCUGGACUGGCCAGCCCAAUGGGCACACCACCCUCUUCGUUGGUCAAACGGGGACCAGGACGACCCCGCUCCAAGGCGGCGACUCCCGUCAGCCGGGGCACACGAGGUGCUCCAAGGGCACGACGACCGAUGGGUCCGUUGCUGGUGCCCUUGGGACGCAGUCCGGAUGCCACGCCUCCCGGCAGCAGUCCAGCCACAAGCCGGGCGCCCAGUCCGUCAGCACACGUUAUACUCGAGUAACUUUAACGAUUCCAUUGCCAACUUAGCGAGAAGGAGCAUAGCCCACAAAUGUGAUGAUGCAGUCAUUGUUAAGUGCAUUUCUAAUAUUUCCCUUAGGCAAAAAGUGUUGAAAACUAAUGACAAAUUUAAUAAAAUUGAUCAAACAAAAAAAGCAAA